ACUAUUUAAUUACCCCCCAUGAACACCAGACAUCGGGCAAACAUGGAGACGGGACAAAAGACGGCGAAAGACUUUACAAACAAUGCGGCCCUUAAAUCAAGGAAGGUAUUAAAAACUCUGACCAAGAAGCACCCGGGGGAGCUGCUGCUGGUCAUCGGAACGGGGGUGAGCGCGGCGGUUGCCCCGGGAAUCCCGGCGUUGCGUUCGUGGCGCUGUUGUAUAGAAGCCGUGAUCGACGCGGCGGAGCAGCUGGAAGUGCUUCACCCGAGGGACGUGGCGGAGUUCAGACGGAAGGUGCAGACGGAGGGAGACCUGCUGGUGGUCGCUCACGAUCUUAUCAGGAAGAUGUCACGACUCAACAAUGACAGCAGCAAACCCAGCUUUUUCCAAGACUGUCUGAUGGAGGUGUUUGAGAAGAUGGAGGAUCGCAUGCAGAACCCCAUGGUCCUGGAAUCUAUCCUGAAUCUCAUGGAGAGAGGAGCCAUGGUCCUCACCACCAACUAUGACAACCUGCUGGAGGCCUACGGGCAGAGACUGGGGAAACCCAUGGAGUCCGUCGACCUGUAUGACAAGGUCAAGGUCCUGCAGUGGGCUCGGGGCCAGAAUAAAUAUGGCGUUCUCCACAUCCACGGCUUGUACACGGACCCCUGUGGCAUGGUGUUGGAUCCGUUCGGCUAUAAAGACGUCACGCAGGACUUUGAGCUCAUGGAGAUCUUUCAGAACUUGUACUGCUCCAAAUCCUUCCUGUUCCUCGGCUGCGGAGAAACUCUACGGGUCCAGAUCUUCCAAGCGCUCUUCCUAUACACCGUCCAGAACAAAGUGGACCUCGAGCACUACAUGCUGGUCCUCAAGGACAACGACGAGUACUUCUUCAAGCUUCAGGCAGACAUGCUGCUCGUCGGCAUCAAGCUGAUGUCCUUUGGGAAUUCGUACGAUAAUUUCCCAGACUACGUGAAGCGUCUGUCCUUACAGCUGUGCAACCACAAAGCUUCAGAACAACCCAAAGAAAAGCCACCGAAAAGAAAAAUGGAAGAACAUCCGGGGAGCGCGAAACCUGGGUUAACAUCCGACAUAUGAAAUGUCGGACGCUUUCGACGCUCAAUCAAUAAAAUGCACCAGAAAAGGAACUCA